GGCCUGUUCGUCGUUAAGACAAGCCUUCUGGCUCGGAGCUUGUCACUUUCUUGGUUGCUUGCUCCGGUCUGUAGAGCCUUGAGGAUGGGCUUAUAAUAAGGUCGAAGUUGCACUGCCUGCUGCUGCUGUUACGAUGGAAGAAACAAGCUUCUGUUGUCUUUGACUACCUCUUUCAUCAUGUCUAACAGCGACUCUAAUACCUGGCCGCCGGCUUCUGGAGACCUCACGCCCCUUCAACCUGGAAAUGUCAACUUGACCGAGGUCGUUGCGCAGGAUCUGGUCCGCGAUGUGGUGUGCUUUAUCGAAGCCGGAGAGAACGAAUAUGAUGGUCAACUGGGAGCACGCAUCUCUGCGUUGUUCGUGGUUCUGGUCGUCUCGUCGGCUGUCACGUUUUUUCCUGUGCUAGCGACAAGAAGCAAAAAGAUCAAGAUCCCACUCUAUGUGUACUUGUUCGCUCGGUACUUCGGCGCUGGAGUCAUCGUUGCGACGGCAUUCAUUCAUCUUCUCGAUCCAGCAUACUCUGAAAUUGGCCCAAACACCUGCGUAGGCAUGACAGGAGGCUGGGCAGAGUACUCCUGGGUUCCAGCUCUCGCCCUCACCUCAGGCAUGUUCGUCUUCCUCAUGGACUUUGGCGCCGAGCGAUACGUGGAGAAGAAAUAUGGCCUUGCACACGGCACACCAUCCGACCUCGAGCGAAUUGGUUCUCACCGUGGUUCCGUCGACGCAGCGACUCUCCGCUACCAGACUGGUCGACAGAACUCAACCCACCAACACCUGCACUCCGGCGACCAAGAUCCCAAAGGCGUCGAAGCAGGCAGCAGCACAGAUAAUGUCAACAAACCCAACGACAACAUCGAAUCCCUCUCUCUCGACGAAGAGUAUCAGGACGAGAUCGCUGACCGAUCCUUCAAACAACAGAUCUCUGCCUUCUUGAUCCUGGAAUUUGGAAUAAUCUUCCACUCCGUAAUAAUCGGCCUAACCCUCGGCAGCGCCGCCUCUUCCGAAUUCUCAGUCUUAUACCCUGUAAUCGUCUUCCACCAAUCCUUCGAAGGCCUCGGCUUAGGCGCCCGCCUCUCCGCAAUCCCCUUCCCCAAACGCCUCUCCUGGCUCCCCUAUACCCUCUGCGCAGGCUACGGUCUCACAACUCCAAUCGCCAUCGCCGUAGGUUUAGGAAUCCGCACGACAUAUAACGAAUCUUCCAUGGCGGCGAAUAUCGUCUCUGGAGUGCUGGAUUCAAUUUCGGCGGGCAUUCUGUUGUAUACGGGGUUUGUGGAAUUGUUGGCGAGGGAUUUUUUGUUUAAUCCAGAGAGGACCAAGGAUGAUAGGCAGUUGGCUUUUAUGGUGGGGUCGGUUUUGUUGGGGGCGGGGGUUAUGGCUUUGUUGGGAAAGUGGGCUUGAAGUGGGAGAGGAGAUGGAAGUGAGGAGGGGAGGGCAUGGGGAAAUAGAUUGCCUGGAGGAGUAUUACGAAGAUUCUCUGGAGAUGAACAGAACUGCUGGCAUGGAGCGACGGGAGUAUGUAGUCAAGUUAGGUAAUGCUCGGUUCUAGCAUCGAGCUUUUCGUUCGCCGGUAUACCAUAUGAUCGUGGUAUAUCCUUGACAAACUCUCCUCAAAGCAGCCUUCACGAUUGUACUCACAGUCUAACGUGGAACAACGGA